ACGCCAGAUAUUCUCUCCAUCUCGUACAUCAAGAGCGGACUAUGGGAGAACUCAAAUAAGGACCCCUGACUCCUUCCCAAACAUAAAUGACAAAUAUAAUGAUGAAGCUUUUUACAAAUGGAUAAUGAGCAAAGAAUACAGAGAAUAUGUCCAUAUUCCCAAAUUUAAUGUUAGCUGCAGUGCUAAUGGUCAGCUUGUCAGCUAUAAUCCUAGUGAUCCUGAUUAUAUUGAUCAAAGCAACCCAACCAACAAUCCUGAAGAAGUUAUCAAUGUUGAACGCAAUCCCUAUGGAUAUACAAAAAAUUAUAUUACAUAUACAGAAGAAGUCGGUGAGCAAGCACAGAUUAAGCUUGGUAACUUUAUUCUUUCCGGGGGUCAGAAGUAUUCUAAGGAUGGUCACGGAAAUUUAGCUCCUAGGGGUCAGGAUUUAUCAUGGAAUGGAAAA